GCCCAGGAUUCUAACCAGUAGGUCGUGAAAGACAUUGUCCUCCUAUCAGCACCAUGCCAAGCCAACUCCAGAGUGCCAUGGACGCACUUAUAACAGUUUUCUACAAAUACUCCGGGAACGACGGAGACAAAUACAAGCUCAACAAGGGAGAGCUGAAACAGCUACUGAACAGUGAACUCACUGACUUUCUCAUGUCUCAGAAAGACCCCAUGCUGGUGGAGAAGAUCAUGAAUGAUCUGGACUCCAACAAAGACAACGAGGUGGACUUCAAUGAGUUUGUGGUUCUGGUGGCGGCCCUGACCGUAGCCUGCAAUGACUUCUUCCAGGAGAAGCAGAAGAAGAAAGCCAACUAACAGUUAAAUCCGAAAUGGCUUCCCCUUGCCUAUUUAGUGCACUUCUAUUGGCCAAAGCCUCAUAGAGCUAUGACAGGUCUAAAUAGGGCUCUGGUCAAAAGUAGUGCACUGCAUAGGGAAUAGGGAGCCAUUUCAAAUUGGCCCGUGGAUAGAAAUAGAAUUAGAAACCAACAGAGGUAGAAAGUAACGAAUGACAACCACACCCAUCAUGCUGAACAUUGAAUACUGUGAUCACUUCUCAAUUCCCCAUGGUCUCAGUGCUACUAAAACCACUACACUAUAUGUUUGUCAACAGCAGAAGGAGAUUAGACUAAAGUCGAAAUUAUAAAUUAACAUACUUUUGCUAGAAAUAGGAUACUUCUGUCCCUCUGACGCAUCAAAACAGAUGAUUUCAAACAUGGUGUCACACUACCCUGAGUGCCAGACUGUUUCAGCUCUUAACAACACUUCUAGCCAGAGAACAUAACCACAGAGAUCUGGCUAGAGAACAUAACCACAGAGAUAUGGCUAGAGAACAUAACCACAAAAAUCUGGCUAGAGAACAUAACCACAGAGAUCUGGCUAGAGAACAUAACCACAAAGAUCUGGCUAGAGAACAUAACCACAGAGAUCUGGCUAGUGAACAUAACCACAAAGAUCUGGCUAGAGAACAUAACCACAACGAUCUGGCUAGUGAACAUAACCACAAAGAUCUGGCUAGAGAACAUAACCACAAAGAUCUGGCUAGAGAACAUAACCACAAAGAUCUGGCUAGAGAACAUAACCACAAAGAUCUGGCUAGUGAACAUAACCACAAAGAUCUGGCUAGUGAACAUAACCACAAAGAUCUGGCUAGUGAACAUAACCACAAAGAUCUGGCUAGUGAACAUAACCACAAAGAUCUGGCUAGAGAACAUAACCACAAAGAUCUGGCUAGAGAACAUAACCACAAAGAUCUGGCUAGAGCAGAAACAAACGGGUACCCAAGCUAUUGUCACAUACCCUGAGGUGAUAUCACAAUAACUGUCUGCUUGGUUAGUUCAAUGAUUGAUUCAUUCUGUCAUUCAUCCACCUUUUUAUUGAUUUUUGCAAUGUAUUGUAACUAUCAAUGUGUCACAUCUUGCAAAGAGGGAGGGGGGGGGGGGGGUAUUUCCUGUAAGUCAGUGACAUACUUGAGAAUGUUCCUUCCAUUCUAAAAUGUGCUUGUUUCAUGAAACCCUUUCUGUCACUUAAUGAGACAUUUAAAUCUAAUUACAAUUGCACAAGCAUGUUUAUUAUUAAUUAUUAAUUUGCUGUCACAUGUAAAUGAUUGACAGUAUAUAAUCAUAUGAAAAUGAUUAGCUUGACAAUAUUUGUUUUAUAUUGUGACAGUAACACGGCAUAAUAAAGUUCUUGU